AUGCGGGUUUCCAAGUACAAGAUCGAAUUGGAAGUGGAGCAUGAACAUGGGCUGGCAAUCAACCUCCAGUUGGACAGGUCAACGAUCUCGAUUUCGGGUGGCAGCGCGAGGAGUUUUGCCCUAUCCGAACUUUCGAUCAACCAAAGUCCGGCAGAAGAUGCGAACCCGGGAGUAGAGGAAGAUAAUAUGGCGGGAACCGAAGAAGAACACGAUCGAGUCUCCCUGACGGAUCCUCAGGAGAAGCGAGAAGAGGAAGCCCGGGACGAAGACGUCGCUCCCGCCGAGGACCUUCGCCCGAUUCUGCAAGGCGAAAAUCUCACGAAAUGGGAAGGUUAUUCGAGCUUCGCGGAGAAUCUCAUCGUCACGGGCGCCAAGCUCUCCGACGCCUUGAGAAACGAUCAGAACAAUGUAAAGAAGUUGUACACUUUUCACAACGAUCAAAGCGAUGACGUGGUCACAGGUUGGAUCAUCUCCAGUUUAAUCCCACAUUUGUUUUCCAGAAAGACUCCCCGAGGAGACGUCGUUGAAGAGAGAGAAAUUGCGUCAUUUCCACAAAAAAUUCGACGUUUUGAAGAAUAAUGUUGCGUUUUAAAAAAAGACCUCAUCAAAUUGGGACAUUUUUUCAGUUGCGAGAUUUCGCUGAAGCACAGAUCGAAGUCUUCCAGAAGAUGAUGGAAGUCCUCGAGCAUCACGAGAUGAGAUCAAAUCAUGAAGUGGAGGCUGCUCUCGCCGUGAGUUUUGCAAAUCUCUGGGAAAAGAUAUAGUCAAUCCAUUCCGACUUAGGAAUUUUAGAGUGGUCUCUAUAGUGAUUAGGUGGAAAACAGCCCCUAUAGAAACCGAAACAGUGGUCCCUCUAGGGCUAAGGUACCCAUAGGGGUUUCGGGCCUGACUCUGCAAGCUUUAGUGGACCCUAUAGGGGUGGUAAAGUGGUCCCUAGAGUCCCUAAGUUUCCCCCACAGGGACCACUCUGGAUAUCCAAAGAAGGUAGGGUUUUAAUGUCUCUAGAGCUAUGAAAAUCGACUAGAACCUGGAAAAGUUUUAGUGGCCACUAUAGAGGCUCGCCAAGGACUACUUGGAGAGGACACUAAAGUGGCCACUAUUUUCCGUUUUAGUGGCCACUUCAGUAGUUUUUUUUUUUCCACUACUCCUUCCAGUAACUCUGAUAAUUGAAAAAAAAAAACAGAUUGGACUAGUUAUGUCGAUCCAUUGACCCCUAAAGUGGCCACUAAACUUUUUAGUGGUCUAUUAGCAGCACUUAGACCUCUAUAGAGGCCACUAACUUGACUACUAUAGUGGCCAUUAAAACGUCAGAACCCUAUAGUGAUCACUGAAAAUUUUCACAGAAGGAUGAUUUUUUUCAAUACAGAAAAAAAUCAUCAAAUUCUCAGAAUAUUCGUUACGCCAUACCCUAGUCAGAAAAAAUGAGUCCGAAUUCUAAAAAUAACAGAUUUGAUUUCCAGCUCAGUUGAUUUGAGAAAAUUGCUUUGGCAUGGAUUAAAAUAAUGAUUUCAGGAAGAAGAUGAUGUCUUCCUCGACCUGGCGAUCCAAAGACAAGUCCAAAAUGUUCGGUAUCUUUCCGACUUUGAAGAUAAUUUAUGUGUAAGGCGCAACCGCGACGCCUAA